UGCUGACUGAUUACAGGAUGUGAAGUUAUGCAAUACUUUCACUUCCUCAUUGCACUCUUCGAGACAAAGAGCAGGAAACAGCCUCAGAUGAGCCUAUAACGGGACUAACGAUGGUCUGAAGCAGGUGCCUUGUUCUUUUCUUUACAUCUCAAGUCAGUUUUUAGUCGGAUUUAACCGGGAAACAGCAUCAAAGAAAGGUUACUUCUCCACUUGGAGGAGCUGGGUGAAAGUAUGCAGGAUGGAAAACGACUUAAGCCGGCCUGCAGGUCUGUCAACAUCACAGCAGGCUCAAACUCAGCGAGAAGCAGGACACCAAACAAUCAGCGCCCAGUCUGGAGCUGUCGCUGUCGCACCUCAGUUAACAGAUGUUAAAGCAGAGAAUAUAAACAUCACUGUCAUCAACACAUAUGGCCAGUCUCCCAGCACGACAGCCAACACUGAAGCCGUUUCUGACCAAACUGAAGCAAAAAUCCGAAGGUGCCGAGAUGCACUGAAAAUUUUCCUUGAAAAUCGAACAAAGGAUCUAUCUCAGGGAACAAAGGACGAAGGAUGUUUGACCCCUUUAAACAAGAUCUAUACAGAGCUUUACAUCACAAGAGGAGGCAGUGGGGAGGUUCAUAGUGAACAUGAAGUGAUCAAGUUAGAAUGCAAAAGGCCUUUGAGUGAGGAGAAGAACAUCCAGCUCAGUGACAUUUUUAAACCUUUAGCAGAAGAAGAAAGCCCUCCUCAGAGAGUUCUGACGAAGGGAAUCGCUGGCAUUGGAAAGUCGGUAGCUGUGCAGAAAUUCACUCAGGACUGGGCGACCGGAGAAGCCAACCAAACUACUGACUUUGUAUUUCCAUUCACAUUCAGAGACUUGAAUUUAAUAAAAGAGGACUGUUCUCUUGUGUCGUUAAUAAGUUCCCAUUUCGAAGAAGUGGAUGAUUUGGAACCAUCAGACUACAACAGUUCAACUGUUUUGUUCAUCUUUGAUGGCCUCGAUGAAAGCAAAUUACCUCUGGAUUUCACAAACAAUGAGAUGUUCCGAGAUGUUUCAAAGCUGAAAACAUUAGACGUCCUGCUUACAAACUUAAUCUCAGGGAACCUGCUGCACAAAGCCUCGAUCUGGAUCACAAGUAGACCAGCUGCAGCCACUAAGAUUCCUCCUGAGUUCUUCAACAGAGUGACCGAGGUACGAGGCUUCAACGAUGACCAGAAGAAGGAGUACUUUCAGAAGAAAGUUACUGACAAAAACAUGUCUCAGAAGAUACUCAAUCAUCUUCAGUCAAAGCCACUGAGAAGUCUCUACAUCAUGUGCCACAUCCCAGUCUUCUGUUGGAUUUCAGCCUCGACUCUCCAGAAUCUCUUAACAGAAACUCACAAAGGUGAGUUGCCAAACACUCUGACUGAAAUGUACACACACUUCCUGAUCAUCCAGAUGGAGCUGAAACACCAGAAGGAUUAUGAGGAAGGUGAAUCGGACAAAGAAGUCAUCAUGAAAUUGGGAAAGCUGGCAUUUGAACAGCUACAGAAGGGCAACAUCAUCUUCAAGAAAGAAGACUUGAAACGGUGUGAGAUUGACUUGAAACAAGCUGCAGUUUUUUCAGGAGUUUGUACAGAGAUCCUCAGAAAAGAGUCUGGACUUCACAAACAAGAGAUUUACUCUUUCAUACAUUUAACUGUUCAUGAGUUUCUUGCAGCUCUGUAUGUCUUACAGACCUUCAUCGAUAGGGGAGAAAAUCUGCUCACCAACCUGACAAAGAAAACACAGUUUCCUCUUUUCCGCCGACAGACCUUCAGAUCCAGCAGAGUAAAUCUGCUCACCAACCUGACAAAGAAAACACAGUUUCGUCUCUUUCCCCUACAGAAGAGCGCAGUGGAUCUGGCUUUGGACAACAAUCUGGGACAAUGGGACUUGUUCCUGCGCUUCCUGCUCGGCCUGUCACAGGAUACAAGUCAGAAGCUUCUUCAGGAAGAAUUGGAAUUCAAAGGAAUUCUUCAACAGAGCAACAAGAAGACAAUCGACUACAUUCAAGAGAAGAUCAAGAAGCUGUCCAACCACGACAAGAGCAUCAAUCUGUUCCAUUGUUUGAAUGAGUUGGGUGACCGGUCUCUGGUCGAGCAAGUCCAACUUUAUCUGAGCUCAGAAGAUGCUAGUAAGCUGUUACCUGAACACUGGUCAGCUCUGGUCUUCCAGCUGCUCGUUUCCAAUGAUGACCUGGAUGUCUUUGACCUGAAGAAAUACCACAGAUCAGAUGAAGCUCUGGAGAGGCUGCUGCCAGUGCUCAAAGCAUCAAAGACAGCUUUGUUGAGUGACUGUAACCUCACAGACAGAAGUUGCAGAAAUAUUUCAUCAGUUCUCAGCUUGAAGUCUUCUGGUCUGGAGGAGUUAGACCUGAGCAGAAACAGACUGCAGGACUCUGGACUGAAGCAGCUCUCUGAAGGUCUAAAAAGUCCAGACUGCAAACUCCAAACACUCAGACUGGUUGACUGUGAGUUUACAAAGAGAGGCUUUGCUGCUCUGACUUCCAGUCUGAAGUCAAACCCCGCCCACCUGAGAGUCCUGGAUCUGUCAGAUAAUGACCUCACAGACAGUGAUGUCAGAGACCUUUGUGAGUUCUUGGCAGAUCCACGUUGUCGACUGCAGACACUGAACCUGAACUACUGCAGGUUACCAGCAGAGAGCUGCCGGUCUUUGACCUCUGACCUCAGAGCCUCCUCUGCUCUCAAAGAGCUCGACCUGAGCUGGAACCACCUGAAGGACCAGGGGGUGGAGCUGCUUUCUGAUUGGCUGAAGAAACCUCAGUGUACACUGGAGAUACUGAGACUUGCUGACUGUGAGUUUACAAAGAGAGGCUUUGCUGCUCUGACUUCCAGUCUGAAGUCAAACCCCGCCCACCUGAGAGUCCUGGAUCUGUCAGAUAAUGACCUUGGAGUCAGUGAUGUCAGAGACCUUUGUGAGUUCUUGGCAGAUCCACGUUGUCGACUGCAGACACUGAACCUGAACACCUGCUGGUUUCCAGCUGAGAGCUGCCGGUCUUUGACCUCUGACCUCAGAGCCUCCUCUGCUCUCAAAGAGCUCGACCUGAGCUGGAACCACCUGAAGGACCAGGGGGUGGAGCUGCUUUCUGAUUGGCUGAAGAAACCCCAGUGUACACUGGAGAUACUGAGGUUGUCGUACUGCACAGAGAGACGCUGUGAGUAUCUGGCCUCGGCUCUGAGGUCGGACACUUCACAUCUCAGAGAGCUGGAGCUGAGCUACAGUCAUCCAGGAGAAUCAGGUCUGAAGCUGCUGACAGACAUAAAGGAGGACAAACGUUACAGCCUGCAGACACUGAGAGUGUCAUAG